CACAGAACACACACAGUCUCUUUAUAUACAUAACCUUCUCUAGAGAGAGGAAUUCUUGUUUGUUUGUGAGCUUCCGCAGAUCGACUUUGUUCGCUUCAUUUCCAGAGCAACAACAAUGGCUCAGGGGAAGCGGCAAGUGAUGGAAUCGAUGUUCCCGGUGAUCGAGCUGGUCGUGAUUAUCCUUGCCUGCGUCGAGCUCUGCGGCGCCGCCACCGUCGUCGACGUCUACCGCCUCAUCCAGUACGACAUCGCCGGCGUCCCAUUCGGAUCUCGCCUCGCCGCCCUCAACCACCACGCCGCCUCCACUCACUUCCCUCCCGGCUCCGAUCUCUCUCGUACAGUUCUCAUCAUUCCUUUUCGCGACCUCAAUAUCUCCUUCGUCAAAGAAUAUAUUUCUCAAAGACAGCCUCUUGGAGGCUUGCUGUUUUUGCUUCCCCAGAUAUUUAGUUAUGAGAACAAAGACGGGAUCGGGAGGAAUCAUCAAGAUCAUGAACGUGAGCAGAUAAAAAAUGUACUGGCAGAACUUGAGCAGUUACUUGUACACUCGAACAUACCUUAUCCCGUAUAUUUUGCUUUUGAAGAUAGUGAUAUUGAGGCUGUUUUGGCUGAUAUUAAGAGGAAUGAUGUCACUGGCCAACCUGCCACUGCGACCACUGGCGGAUACAAGCUUGUUGUUUCAGUGCCAGAACCUAGGAAGGUUGCAUCACCCACCAUCACAAAUAUUCAGGGAUGGUUGCCGGGAUUGAAAAGUGAUGGAGAUAAUCAACUUCCAACUAUUGCCAUAGUAGCAUCUUAUGACACAUUUGGGGCUGCUCCAGCUUUAUCUGUGGGAAGUGAUAGCAAUGGAAGUGGUGUCGUAGCGCUUCUUGAAAUUGCUAGGCUGUUCUCUCUUCUCUAUUCGAAUCCUAAAACAAGAGGGAGGUACAAUUUACUUUUCGGGUUGACUUCUGGUGGACCUUACAACUACAAUGGAACACAUAAGUGGCUACGAAGCUUUGAUCAACGUCUUCGCGAGAGUAUUGAUUAUGCUAUUUGCUUGAAUAGUGUUGGCUCAUGGGAUAAUGAAUUAUGGAUUCAUGUUUCUAAGCCUCCAGAAAAUGCCUACAUAAAGCAAAUUUUUGAAGGUUUCUCUAAUGUGGCUGAAGAAUUGGCUUUUAAAGUAGGUCUGAAGCACAAGAAAAUAAAUAUUUCAAAUCCUCGAGUAGCUUGGGAGCAUGAACAAUUUUCAAGGAUGAGAGUUACUGCUGCUACCAUCUCUGAACUCUCUGUUGCUCCUGAGUUAUUAGAAAGAACGGGGGGUUUGGUUGAUAGCAGGGUUUUUACAAAUGAAACUGCAAUUAUUAGAAGUGUCAAGUUAAUUGCCGAGAGUCUUGUGAGACAUAUUUAUGGCCACCAAGAAAAGGAAACGGUGACCUUUGCAGACAACAGUAGUCUAGCUGUAAAUCCCUUUUACAUUAGGUCGUGGUUGGAUUUUUUGUCAAGAACACCUCGAGUGGCUCCAUUCAUGUCGAAGAACGAUCCACUUGUCUUGGCUUUACAAAAGGAAUUAGAAGAACAUACUCAUGAAGUGAGCUUGCAACAUGAGGUGCUCGAUGGAAUGUUCACUUUUUAUGAUUCAUCUAAAGCUAGGCUUAACAUAUAUCAGGUUGCUAGCGUGACAUUCGACCUGCUGUUGCUUCUAGUCCUGGGAUCGUACUUGAUUGUGCUAUUCAGUUUUCUUGUCAUCACAACUAGGGGUCUUGAUGAUCUAAUCAGUAUAUUCCGAAGACCUCCUUCUCGGAAAGUGAAAACAGCUUGAUAUCAAAGUUUCUUCCAUGUAGUUCAGAUUAAAAUUGCAGAUCAUGAGUUCAUUUUUAGUUUAAGCGAUGUCUUGGUUAGUUCAUGACACGAAGGAUGAUCCGGUCUGUCUUGUUUAGAUGUUCAUUAUUAGUGUCAGGAUGAGAACUAUUGAGGUGCUAGAAAAAUUUUGUUAACGAUUCACAUUUCAACCAUGUAUCAAUCCUGGAAGUUUUCUUGCUGCCAAGGAUUAUGACUGCUUUUAAAGUGAAUUCCAUUUGCGCCUAACCAGACAAGUGAUAGAAGAUUUUAUGUUGAACAAGUGAAAAAGGCGCUGUCACCUUUCCGAUGGGUACAGAUAUUUUUGCAUUUAAUAUAUAGG